AUGGUCAAGAAAAUUCUGGCCCAAUACGAUUACAAGAGAUGUCUUUCAAAAUUGGUGAAUACUAAGGUAAAGGUUAUGAAAUUAUCGAAAAAGGACGCUCGUUCUGAUGAUGUUAAUCUCUCUCCUCAAGAGUUAAAUGGCAUUAAGAAAUCAUUUCAAAAUAUGUUCACACAACUUAAAGGAAUCAUGACAAGAAUCUUGGAAUGCAAAUUGACUGAUGAAGAAAACAGAUUGUUUUUCUUAGGGGAAAGACUGGAUAGAAUAAUGUUACCGAAAGUAUUGCUGGAAGAAGAAGAGGAGGAUGAGGAAGAUACGGAUGUUUACUUUGAGGAAUACUUUGAAAUUGUGAGACCAAUCGACUGUCCAAAGCAUGCUGUCACUCAAGUUGACAAGCAUGUAUUUGCAGAAAGAAAAAUUUAUGUCAAUAAUAGACAGCAUAAGCUUUACUUUUGUAAUUGUGGCGUGUCUUACGUUAUCAAUGAGCAACCUUAUUAUUACUUUGUGGUUCCCGAUUUGAAAAAAGAUGGAAAGCAGAAAGUUCUAUAUGAUAUUGAGGAUGAAGAAUGUGGAUUUACUUUUGUUAAAAGAGGAAUUUGGAAGCAAGGUGAUUAUGAUAUACAGGAUUGGAUUAUUCCUUUUGAAUAUAAAAAGUCCAAAGAUUAA